UUAUCUUUGUAUCGUUUAGCGGUUUUCUCGCUGUGUCUAUUAGAGUCCGACUCAGCCAGCGAGGCCGAACAGACUCGGCCCGACUGUGCUCCACAAAAUCACGUUGGAAAUACUGAAGUUGCCGGCCCAUCAUGGAACUUUCCAGCUGGUGAUCAAGCUAAGCUCAACACGGAAGUAUCGUAACUUAUACACCACCAACAUUUCCCACUCGCUCACCCCCAUCUCUCAAAUAUGACCGUAAUUUCCAAUGAUCCCAGUUGGUGGCCAACAAUCAAUUCAAAUAUUAUUGUCAGCUAUUGGACAGUUGCUGCCGGCGUCAUGGUAGUAUAUGAUUGGAUACUGACACUGGGACAAGAGAUUGAACUGAUAUGGAGGCAACGCUGGUCUCUCAUGACUGUGCUGUAUUUGGUUAUACGUUAUAUUGGAAUACCAUAUUCUGUUGUCAAUGUUCUGGGAUGUUUGCCAUUGGUCUCACUAACGGAUGCAGUGAGCAAUCUUAUGAAUCGUGCUCAGAAUGGGACAAAUGGGGUCAUAUAUGCCAUGUUGGGUGUCAUCAUGAUUGCUCGCUUAUAUGCCAUGUAUCUGGGAUCUAGAAGGAUGCUCAUUUUUCUUGUUGUUAUCUUUUUGGCUGUUACCAUUGCUUGCGCAGUAAUCGGAACAAUAGCGACCAGGGACAGUGUAGCGGAGAAGCUAAUACUCUCUGGCACGUACAUGUGCGAUAACGAAUUUGAAGGGGGCGACCAACUUGCGUAUUUAAUGUUUUGGACGGUCUACGCUGUCUGGGAGAUCCUCGCACUGUGUCUUUCAGCCUGGAUUGCCGUAAAACACUUCCGUGACAUGCGACGACUCCGUCGACCGAUAGGAUCGACAACUGGGGACUGUUUCAGAGUGCUGAUAAGAUCUCAUGUGCUUUAUUUUGCAAGCUUUGUUUGGGUCUCUUGCCUCGAGGUUGCUAUUAGCUCUGCAGGCCAAGGGCUCAUGAAUACACAAUCUAUGGGAAUUCAGAUACUUGUUGAUGCUUCUCAAAUUUCACAGUCCAUGCAGAUGUUUGUGAUGGGACCACGCCUCAUCCUUAGCGUUCGAGAAUACCACGCCACACUCGUGGCCAACUCCGAUGCAGAAACUAACAUGAAUUCGAUUGUCUUCCAGGAGCGUGUACUUAUACCAACUAGCAGUACUGUGUAGCGAAAUGCUUAGCGAGUGGUCUGCAGGGAGGAGAAACUGGGUCGAGGAUCCGUCGAGAUAUUUAUUCAACAUUAGCGUUUCAAAGUAUAUUUGAAAGGUCUAGGCA